UAACCUAACUUUUUGACCGCUGUCUUUUCAGUUAGUCUUCGGAAGGUUAUUAUAGUAUCAGAAGAAGUCUAAAUUAAGGAAGCAGAAUAUUCAUCACACAACCAUUGCUUCUCUUUAAUUUUUUAUUUGAUAAAGGCUUUUUUGCCUUAAGAAAAAUGUCAUCAAAAGUAGAUUGGGCUAAGUACGUUGAAGAGCAAGAAAAAAAGGUUGUGAAAAAGAUAGAAAAUAUAGAAAUAUCAAAUUCCAAUGAAAACCCUGAAAAAAAGCCAGAGGAUGUUUCAGAAGAUGUUCCUGAUCAGUUCAGUCCAGCAGAAGCCAGUUUAUUGGAAAAAAUAAUAAGAAGAGGUCUGGUUGAAAAUAAAAAUGACAUUGAAAUUCAAAGACAGGAUCCAAAUUCUCCUUUACACUCAGUGAAAACAUUUGAAGCACUACAUUUGAAACCUAAUCUAUUAAAAGGUGUUUAUGAAAUGGGGUUUAAUGCACCAUCUAAAAUCCAAGAGACAGCAUUACCAACCUUAUUGGCUGAUCCACCACAAAACUUAAUAGCACAAUCACAAUCAGGAACUGGAAAAACGGCUGCUUUUGUGUUGGCAAUGCUAACUAGGGUUGAUCCAUUAAAAAAUUAUCCUCAAGUAAGUUGUUAUUUUAUAUUAUAUCAUGGUCACACGGGAAUCCCCAAUCACCUUGCCGAUUUUCGAGGGGAGGAAGUUCCAAGGGGAAGCAAAUUAACUGAACAUAUUAUUAUUGGAACUCCCGGUAAAGUUAUGGAUUGGGCUAUCAAGUAUCGUUUCUUUGAUUUAAGUAAAAUUACUGUCUUUGUAUUGGACGAAGCUGAUGUUAUGAUUGCAACACAAGGACACCAAGAUCAAUGCAUAAGAAUACACAAGUGCUUAGAUCAACAGAAAUGCCAGAUGAUGUUUUUUUCUGCAACCUAUAAUCAGGAAGUAAUGGAAUUUGCAGAAAUAAUUGUCCCCAAUCCACUUAUUAUUCGUUUGAAACGUGAAGAAGAGAGUUUAGAUAAUAUACAACAGUACUAUGUUAAAUGUGCUAAUAGGCAGCAAAAAUAUGACGCUGUUACAAAUAUAUAUGGAACUGUUGGUGUUGGACAAGCUAUAAUUUUUUGCCACGUAGGUACAUUAAAUUUUUGCUGCGCUUAUUACAAUUUAAAACUUAAAAUAGUAAAUAUGAAUAAGUGGUAACGUUA